AUGACCCUCGUUACCCCAGACACAAAGCACGUCGUCAUCGUCCCCGCCGCCAUUGGUACGUCCCCUCCUAUCACAGCUACCACGCUCACUAUUCCCAGGGGGCACAUCCGCCCCCUCCUCCAUCUCGGCAUCAACCUCCUCACCCUCCACCCAGGCCUCCGCGCCACCUUCCUCAUCACCCCCUCCAUCGCCCCGCGCCUCGAGAAGGACCUCGAGCACUCUGUCGCCGACCUGACUAUCGGUACCACCCCCGUGGCCGAGAGGCUCCAGACCAUCAUCUGUGCGCCUAAAGGUUCUGAUGCGUCCAGGGAGUUCAAGGCGGACGAUAUGGGUAAGGAGGUUGUCGAGUUUGCCAGUGUGAUGCCCGACAUCAUCAGCGGGUUGUACGAUGCCAAGUAUAAUAUCAACGGGACAUUGAACAAGUUUGAGGGAUUGCCUCCCAGCUUGGUCCUCUACGACAUGUUCCAAACGUUCGUCCCAGACAUCAUGGUCAGUACUCUCGAGCCUCUCAACAUUCCCGUCCCGCCUCUGGUCAUGUUUGGUCCCUGCUCCCCUGCCUCCGUGUAUCACUCAUUCGGCCCCGAAGAGAAAGGGGGAUCCUUUGCGAGGAUCACGCGGUUGGCCGAGGAGGACAUUGCCAAGGGCGCAGACCCUAUCGAAGCUUAUGAAAAGUAUGGAUUCAAGGGUACUGGCCAAGUACUGCCUCUUCCAGGUCUGCCUGCCAAAUUCGACUACGAAUGGUGGCCUCACAAGGAUACAGUCCCAAUCAGCGGCCACGUCGUCUCAGCCUCCAUGCCUGCUCUCAAAGCCUUCUUGCACAAGAAUACAGUCGCCAUCGCCAUCGCCUUUGCUGGAGAGUUGGAACCAGAGGCAGUGUCCGCUCUCGAGCAAGAGUUUAGCGACAAGACCAUCUUGACUGUUGGCCCUCAGUUCCCGGAAGAGAUGUGGGAUGGCGACUUUUCUGUCAAGGCGGGCAGCGAUGACGACAAGCGAGUCGUCGCCUUCCUCGACCAGAUGAAGGAGAAGCACGGCUCAAACAGCGUAUGCUACAUCAGCUUCGGCUCCCUCUUCUUCCCCAUCUUCCGCCCCGAACUCAUCCGCUACAUCCUCAAAACACUCCAAGAAACAGGCGUCCCCUUUGUCUUUGCCUACGCUUCCGGGAUCGUGCCCGUGCCCGCCGAGCUUAUUGAAGAGUUUGCGGGUCUGGAGGAUGCUUGUUUCGUCAAGUUUGCGCCGCAGUGGGCGGUUCUGAAGCACCCGGCUACUGGGUUUUUCCUUACCCACUGUGGUAGCAACAGUACCCACGAGACAAUCAUGGCCCAAGUCCCCAUCGUCUCCAUGCCCUUCGCAGCCGACCAAGGCGAGAUCGCCUCCCUCCUCACCGACGUCCUCCACGUCGGCAUCGACCUCAAACAGACCAAGACAUUCACCAACCCGCCUUUCGACACGCUCUACGACGGCACGGUUAUUGAGGGCACCGAGAGCGCGAUCAAGGAUGAGAUGAGGACGGUGUGGAAGAGGAUGAAGGGGAAGGAAGGGGAGGGGAUGAGGGUGAGGAUGGGGGAGGUGAAGGAGAGGUUGAGAAAGAGUUUCAAUGAUGGGAGGGGGAAGCAGGAUAUGAUCAAAUUGGGCGAGUGUCGAUUCUAG